GAUGUCUCAAGGAGAAUAGGUCUUCAUAUCAGACAUAUGUAUGAGUCAUAUAAACCUUGAACACAUUAUUUGUGUCAUGCGCAUUGAAGCUUCCUAUAUUUUUAAGCAUUAGGUUGCUAUUACCGGCUAAUUUUCUUAUGCAUGCACGCGACUGUCAGUUUUAAUUUGUUACUCGUUAUACCUAUCAGUGUUUAAAGUAAGCGCAAACAUGGCUAAAAUUUACAUGGACUUGCCAAACGGAGCGAAAAUGCCUGCUGUUGGACUGGGAACUUGGCAGGCCAAGGAUGCAUCCGAAUUAACAACAGCCCUUGAAGCUGCCCUGGAGUUGGGCUACCGCCACAUCGACACGGCAUUGGUUUAUGAAAACGAGGCCAUAAUAGGAAAAGUUUUGAAAAAAUGGUUUGAUGCCGGCAAACUUAAACGGGAAGACCUGUUUAUAACGACCAAACUGCCGAUGUUCGCCGUCCACCCCGAUAGAGUGGAAGAUUUUAUGAAAACCUCCCUUAAAAACCUCGACUUGGACUACGUUGAUUUAUAUUUGAUCCACUUUCCAGCUUGUGUUAACGUGAAAAAUGGUAACUUUUUGGAAGGCUUUGAAAUCGAACCAACUGAUCACGUAGCUGUUUGGAAAAAAAUGGAGGAACAAGUCGACGCCGGUCGUACCAAAGCAAUCGGCAUUUCAAACUUCAACAAAUCCCAAAUCGAAAACCUUCUCAAAUCAAAUCCCCGCAUUAAACCCGCAAAUUUGCAAGUGGAACUUCACGUUCACCUGCAACAGCAAGAACUUGUCAAGUACUGUCUUGAAAAUGGCAUCACUGUAACAGCUUACUCACCACUUGGCAACCCUGGAAUAAACAAGUUUUUGGGCUCCAUUGGGCAAGAGGCAAGGCAAUUGCCAAACGUUUUGACAGAUGAGAACAUUAAGAAGAUAGCAACAAAACACAAUAAGACGAGUGCGCAGGUCAUGUUACGUUAUUUGUUACAAAGAAGUGUAAUUGUUAUCCCAAAAAGCGUAACACCGUCAAGAUUGAAGGAAAACAUUGAUAUUUUCGAUUUUGCGCUCGAUAAUACCGACAUGCAAACUCUUAACGGCCUUGAGGUUGGCGAACCUGCUCGCGUUUGCGAUUUUAAAAUCUUUAAAGGGUUGGACAAACAUCCCCAAUGGCCUUUCACCAAUUAAAAUAAGAGAUUAUUUUUAAGUUGGCACGCCUGGUUUAUAGAACAGGGGAUUCACACAAACACCAAAAAUAGAAGAAUUUUGCACAAAUUGUGACAAUUUUUGAGAAAUUUUCGUCCCAAAUAGGUACCUCACACAAACAGUUUUAUAUUUAAGUUGCACAUUUUUAAAUAAAAUAAGUCAUCCCUGUUCUAUGCUUUCAUCGAAAUAAAAUAAAUAUUUUAAUUCAUUGUUUUUUUUCCUUAAUAAAUUU